GGACACAUGCAACUAGCCCAUUCUUUCCCCUUUGUAGCAGUCACUGUCUCCUUAUUUCUCUCUGUCCCUGUGUCCCUCCCUCCAUCACCUGGAGGCAGGAUGAGCCACAAGCCAGAAUCCCCAAUGGGGAGGCUGCUGAGCUCUCCUAGCCUGGAGAUAUCUGUGGCCUGCUAGGAUGCAGACAGGGCUUCUCCUGACCACUGUCAGGGUGGAUCUGUUCAGGCCUGAGGCAGUUGAUGGAGCUCUGCCUGGCUCUCAGUCCUUCCUCCUUCUUCACUGCACCAAAUGGGGUAUUUCCUAGAGCAGGUCAAGGCUUUGGCCCAUCCCUGUGUGCACUCACCCCUUCUCUUCCACCUCUUUCUUCAGGGGAGAGCUUGUGUGCCUGCCACCAGAGCCUGAUGUCUGCAGGGCUUGGGGGGUGUAGGGAGGAGGUGAGGUUGUGCUUGAUUCCUGCCCAGUAUGUCCUUUGUGGUCGUUUUACAGUUCAGGGCAGACAGACACUGACCCCAGUCUCGUGAGAUGGGGCCCCACGUAGGGCAAAUGUCCAGGGGCUGCCUAAAAUUCAGGCCUCUAGGGAGCGAGAUUAGGGCGGGAAUAUCUAACGGCUGCCUUUUUCCCUCUUGCUGCCCCAUCCUAUCCGGGCCACGGCUGCAUUUCCCCUUUGUGUUUUGUUCCGCACGCACAGCGCAUCUGGGAGGUUCCUUUGGUCACUGUUUUCUUUUUUUUAGGCUCUGCUUGUUUCAUGCACCGUCACAGAAGGAGCUGAAGUCACUGAUAAAGGGUGGGCACAGCAUGGCUCAUGGCUGCUACAAGAAACGAGGAGCUGGAUUGCAGAGGGCAGUUUAUUGGUCCUUCCAGGUUCCCAGGCCCCGGUGCUGCUGUGACUGAGUGCUAAAAGUCACCCAUGUGGUGUCCAAGGCUGAGUGCGCAAUACUGGGUUCUGCGGGGCUCCAGGCUUGGCAGAAGAAGGCUGGACUCCUGGCUCCACUGUUCUAUGAGGGCCCCAAACACGGGUGGGAAUCCGUCUCACCUGCAGCCCCAGGAAGUGCAGCCCGGGGUUCCACUGGCAGAGGUGUUGUCUUUGGUCUGGGGUGCUGACUCAGCUGAGCUGGGUCAGUUCCCUGCCUGACCGCACUGGUGACAGCAUCCCCAACAGGGCCCCUUCCCCCUUGAGGCUGGACCAGCGCAGCCUUCUGUGAUUAAGGGGUCAGGGCUAACUCAGCAGCUUGGGGCCUGACUUGCAGCUCCUGUCUGCUACCCCACCGAGCUUGUGUGUCACCCAAGCUCAUCACCACUCCUUGAAAGUGCCUGGAUCUCUUGCCUCCCAGUCCUGCUCCUGUUGUUGUUCCUGUGUAGGCUGUCCUCCCUCCUUCCAAGUUCAGCCCAAAUGCUCUCGCUUCCCUGAGCCCAUCCCUGACUUCCCCAUGGGAGGGAUUUCCUUCCCCCUCAGUGACCUCAGCCCUUUUUGUCCUUAUGACCUGCCUAGUGGGGCCAUGGUUCCUGCCUGAGCCUGUCUCCUGUGUGGCCCACAGUUUCUUGAGGGUGGAGACUGCUUUCUCCAGUUCUGAAUCCUACACUGGCCCCUGUUUCCCUGCCUUAUCUCCUACUGUGGGCUCUCACAAUGUGUUGGUUUAAACGGGAUUGAAUGCAAACCAGCUCAAAUGGCAGGAGCUGCUGUUUCCUUGUAUCUGGGGUAGGAGGGUGGGGGGUAGUGGCUCUGACUCUGUCGUUGACCUGCUCCCUGCUCCAUGCACAGCAGAGGAGGCUCCCCUUACUCCUUGCUGGGCACAGUGAGUGUAUUUGGGUGGAGGACAGGGGCCUUUUAGAGCAGCUCUAGCCUGGUAUUUGAGAAAAAGUGCUAACACCAGGCAAAAUGUAAACAUUGAAAUUUGGCAACAGCUUCACCCCUAGGGUUCUGAGGCAGUGAGAAGCAAGCUAAAAGGGACAAGGGGCUGAGUCAGAGGGGCAAUUAAUUGAAUCUUAGAGGGAAGAUGAUGAUUGAUCCAAGAUCAGGCUUUCAUGAAGGAGUUUCAGGCAAUGUUUGUGGGAACCGGGCCCCCCUUGAUGUCAAACUGCAAGAGCGGGGACCCUACUUCACCCACACUAAAGCCUCUUGGCCCCAAAGCCAGAUUUCCUGCCCCUUACCGGCCACAGGUCCUGCUGCCCCGUGGUCAGAAGCCUGAGCCUGCUUCCUGCCUCUUUCCAGGCCUGGCCGGUUGUGGUGAUGAGAGCCAGAGGGCCUUGCCCCAUAUGACAGUUGGGGAAAUCCCUGCUGCAUCAGUCACGGGUGCCACAUCCCUGUCAGCAACAUUUCCUGCUCCCUCCCAGUCCUGUCUUGCCAGCGGGAACAGGUAUGCAAUUCCUGAGUGACAAGAGACAGGCAUGGCUGCCCCAGCCUUGCUCCACCCCCUUCACAGCUGCAGCCUGGGUGAGGAGGGGGGCAGAGUCUUCCCCAUGGUCUGGCCUGUUGGCAGGUGGCCCAGGUGGUCCAGGAGAAUCAACUGGGAUGAUAAAGCCAAUAUGAAUUAAUAGCUGUUACUGUUUCUUGAGUCCUUUCUGUGCUCUCGGCCUUGUUCAAGUCCUUUCUGUGUGUUUUCUCAAGUAAUUCUGCAAGGUGGAUUUAUUAUGCACAUUUCACAGGUAGGAAACGGGAGGAAUGACUGGCUCAAGGUCAUAUAGCCAGAAAGGGGUGAGGCUGUCUGGCCCCAAGGUCUGAAGUGCAUAAUAUCUGGUUGUAAGCUUUGAGUGGGGGACUUCCUUUGUCUUUGGAAAGGUCUGAUCCCAGACUUUGACGGACAGAUACCAAGUCUCGGGCUGGCCACCUUUGGAUCAACCAGGCCAUUGCUUGGCUGUGGCCUUUCCUCCCAGAGCUCAGGGCAGAGCACUUGACCAUUCAUUAGGCUCUCUCACCAGCAUGAUCUCUUUGACUCUUCACAGCAUCCAUGGGAAGUAGGUAUUAUAAUUCCCAUUUCUCAGCUGGGGAAACCGAGGCUCAUGAUACAUCAAAUACAAGAGAGAAAAGAGUUGGGUCCAGAACUUCAGCCUUGGCACCUGCUGCCUCCCCUGCCUUCUUCCAGGUUGGGCUGCUGUGUGGGUGUGGGGGUGACUCAGGCAGGGCAUGUGGGUGGGCGGGCGCUGCAGCUAUGGCUGGUGGGUGUGGCCUGCUUGGCGCCUAGGGCAGGUGGCCCAGCCAGUUCUGCCUCCGACGCCUCAUUUCAGCCAUCUCCCUGCCUAUGAUGAGAGCCUCCCGCCGCCUCAGCCAUAGUCCCUCUGGGGGUCCUUGGGCCUGGGACAUGCGGUGAUCUCAGAGCAAGGGCAGCCACCACCACCCGGACCUUACCAGUCAUGAAUGUCCACACUAAGGAGAUGGUGCCCCUCAUGGGCAGAAGAGCUGCUGUCCCCAGUGGGAACCCUGCCAUCCUGCAGGAGAAGAGGUCAGCAGAGAUUACGCCAACCAAGAAGAGUGCACACUUCUUCCUGGAGAUAGAAGGGUUUGAUCCCAACCCCACAGUCUCCAAGACCUCUCCCCCCGUCUUCUCCAAGCCUAUGGACUCCAACAUCCGGCAGUGCCUCUCUGGCAACUGUGAUGACAUGGACUCUCCGCAGUCCCCUCAGGACGACGUGACAGAGACGCCGUCCAAUCCUAACAGUCCCAGUGCAAACCUGGCCAAGGAAGAGCAGAGGCGAAAAAAGAGGCGGCUGAAGAAGCGCAUCUUUGCAGCCGUGUCAGAGGGCAGCGUGGAGGAGCUGCUGGAGCUGCUGGUGGAGUUGCAGGAGCUUUGCAAGCGACGUCGUGGCCUGGAAGUGGCUGACUUCCUUAUGCACAAGCUGACGGCCUCUGACACGGGGAAGACCUGCCUGAUGAAGGCCUUGUUAAACAUCAACCCCAACACCAAGGAGAUCGUGCGGAUCCUGCUGGCUUUUGCUGAAGAGAACGACAUCCUGGACAGGUUCAUCAACGCUGCAUACACAGAGGAGGCCUACGAAGGGCAGACGGCACUGAACAUCGCCAUUGAGCGGAGGCAGGGAGACGUCACUGCGUUGCUCAUCGCUGCUGGCGCCGACGUCAAUGCCCACGCCAGCGGGGUCUUCUUCAACCCCAAGUACCAGCACGAGGGCUUCUACUUUGGCGAGACACCGCUGGCCCUGGCAGCAUGUACCAACCAGCCCGAGAUUGUGCAGUUGCUGAUGGGGAACGAGCAGACAGACAUCACCUCGCAGGACUCGCGGGGAAAUAACAUCCUACACGCGCUGGUGACAGUGGCUGAGGACUUCAAGACGCAGAAUGACUUUGUGAAGCGCAUGUAUGACAUGAUCCUGCUGAGGAGCGGCACCUGGGAGCUGGAGACCAUGUGCAACAAUGAUGGCCUCACGCCGCUGCAGCUGGCUGCCAAGAUGGGCAAGGCCGAGAUCUUGAAGUACAUCCUCAGCCGUGAGAUCAAGGAGAAGCCACUCCGGAGCCUGUCCAGGAAGUUUACUGACUGGGCGUAUGGGCCUGUGUCAUCCUCCCUCUAUGACCUCACCAACGUGGACACUACAACAGACAACUCAGUGCUGGAAAUCAUCGUCUACAACACCAACAUUGAUAACCGGCAUGAGAUGCUGACCCUGGAGCCCCUGCACACGCUGCUGCAUAUGAAGUGGAAGAAGUUUGCCAAGUACAUGUUCUUCUUGUCCUUCUGCUUUUAUUUCUUCUACAACAUCACCUUGACUCUCGUUUCCUACUACCGCCCCCGGGAGGAGGAGGCCCUCCCACACCCCUUGGCCCUGACACACAAGAUGGGGUGGCUACAGCUCUUGGGAAGGAUGUUCGUGCUCAUCUGGGCCACGUGCAUUUCUGUGAAAGAGGGCAUGGCGAUCUUCCUGCUGAGACCCUCAGAUCUGCAGUCCAUUCUCUCUGAUGCCUGGUUUCACUUUGUCUUUUUUGUCCAAGCUGUGCUUGUGAUACUGUCUGUCUUCUUGUACUUGUUUGCCUACAAAGAGUACCUCGCCUGCCUUGUGCUGGCCAUGGCCCUGGGCUGGGCCAACAUGCUCUACUACACGCGGGGAUUCCAGUCCAUGGGCAUGUACAGCGUCAUGAUCCAGAAGGUCAUUUUGCAUGAUGUUCUGAAGUUCUUGUUUGUAUAUAUUGUGUUCUUACUUGGAUUUGGAGUAGCCCUGGCUUCAUUGAUCGAGAAGUGUUCCAGUGACAACAAGGACUGUAGCUCCUAUGGCAGCUUCAGCGAUUCGGUGCUGGAACUCUUUAAGCUCACUAUAGGCCUGGGCGACCUGAACAUACAACAGAACUCCAAGUACCCCAUCCUCUUUCUGUUCCUGCUCAUCACCUACGUCAUCCUCACCUUCGUCCUCCUCCUCAACAUGCUCAUCGCCCUGAUGGGAGAGACCGUGGAGAACGUCUCCAAGGAGAGUGAGCGCAUCUGGCGUCUACAGAGAGCCAGGACGAUUCUGGAGUUUGAGAAAAUGUUACCAGAAUGGCUGAGAAGCAGGUUCCGGAUGGGAGAGCUGUGUAAGGUAGCGGAGGAAGAUUUCCGGCUGUGUCUGCGGAUCAAUGAGGUGAAGUGGACUGAAUGGAAAACGCAUGUCUCCUUCCUCAAUGAAGAUCCAGGGCCUGUAAGACGGACAGAUUUCAACAAAAUCCAAGAUUCUUCCAGGAGCAACAGCAAAACCACCCUGAAUGCCUUUGAUGAAAUAGAUGAAUUUCCGGAAACUUCGGUGUAGGAGCAGAAUGCAGAGCUGGUGUGGGCAUGGGCCGUCUGAGGCUGCUGGCUGGCCCUGGACUUGGUGCUGAGGGCUUUGCAGAGUGGAGGAGGCUGGCUCUGUGUGCCUACAAGCAGAAAGCACCCUCACGCUGAGCUGCUGACUGAACUGAGAGAGGCUGCUGUCAGUCUGAGUGGGAAACACCCUGGAUUUUUUUUUCACUUAGCAAAGAGUUUGUGUAAAUCCAUGGUGGGCGGUCCUGAGCCUGGGAGUGAAAUCCAGGGUGAAGUCUCUGGGCUCACCAACUGGAGGUCAUCUUGGCUGGGAGAGAAGCAUGGCAGGGAAGGGACAGAGGCCUGAGGAGCAGAACUUUCUUCCUGCCAACAUCUCCUUGACGCCCCCCCCACCCGCCUCCCCCUCCCCCUCCCCCGGCCCCAAUCCCAGCCCACACAUUCCACCGGCUCCCUUACUGUGACUGGGCUCCAGAAUUGAAGGGAUUCUUGAUCCCAUCCCAGCACAAACAGGGGACUGAACUCAGUGGGACAUCCUGGGGGAGGAGGGGACUGAGCUCUGGAAACGCCUUUUUGGACCCUUCAGGGAACAGGAAACUACUCUUGGAAUGAGAGCCUUGGCACGUCAAGGCUUGAACUGUCUCACACUGAGAGACACUUUUAGUAAUUAACACAGGGUUUUUAUUUUCAACAGAGAAAAGACAUUUCAGUUUUGAAAAUUACUUCAGAUGAAGUAUGUGGUUUUAAAAUAGAUUUUGGGAUUUGGGGCAGAUAUAAGUAUUAUAUACUUGGCCUCAGGGUGGCCAGAGCAGGGACAAAAGGCUUUUCUUCACACACACAAAAGUCCACAUGAGACAUGCCAGGCAGGGCCCGUGUGGGCUGCUGCGACCUGGGGGAAGAGUUGGCCCUUGUCCUUGUCCUGGCCCUGCAGUCACGCAUGCCUCCCAGCUGGGAUCGUGGCUUCAUCUGAAACAGAAAUAGCAGCUGUUCUGUUUAUACGGUCUUAAAUCUCAGAGGUUACUAUUAUACAACAGUAGUUCUCGUUGGAGGAAUUUAACAAAAUACCUGAAAUGCUCUGGCAUUUAAUAUGUUUGUUAACUGUGAAUUUUGAGGCUGAGGAGAAGGAGGGUGAGAAAGGAGUGUUUGCCAAGGCACAGGGCUUGUAUUUAGAGCCUCGUCCUCCAAUUUCCUCCCCCAGAAAUUACACACAGUCAGUCUGGGGCAGAGGUGCAGUGGAGACAGAAGACUUGUUCCCGAUCCCUGGAGCCUAGACAGCCAGAAAAUCUACUCUGCCUUAUGUGUCUGGUAAAAGGAUUCAUGUGGGAAUCUUGGAGGGUGGACUUACAAUGAUAUUCAUCAUGAAUUUUUAAUUUUAAAGGGCCUAAAAAUAAAUUUGGCUUUUAGACAACUUAGCAGUUGGCUAGUGGAUCUGAGCUGAGGUAAACCGAGGAGUGCAGGCCGAGCAGUCCACUCUGGGUACGUUUCUCCACUUGGGGCUGCUCUGCGUGGCAACUACCCUGGGUGAGUGGACACUUGGCCUUUGUGUCCCUGAUGGGCCAGGGCUGAGAGAGGAGGUCAAGGGCGAGCCUGAGACCUGCAAAGUCUGCGGCAGCCCCUGUAUUCCCAGCAGAUGCCAACCAGGGCUCUAAGCCACGCUCGGGUCAAGUUCCUGUGUGGGCAGGGGUAGCAGGCACUUGACAUGUCCUCUGGAAAGGGGAGACUGGGGGAGGAGGGUUGUCACAGAGGUAGGUGGAGCACAUGUGUUCCAGAUGGGCAGAACCAGUGCCAAAGGUUGGAAAUUUCAAGGACAAAGAUUUUGGUUCCAUUCAUCCAGCAACCACUCCAGGUAUUUGAGAUGUUUACGCAGAACUUUUUAGAGAUGUUGUUAAAGAUCACGGUCAGAUGGACUUCGAGGUCCUUUUAGCCUGGAGAUCAGCAUCCUAUAUCUGGAGUUCCCUACUUGCAUACAUCCAGAACAGGUGCCCUGAUCUGAAGUACAGCCAUUUGGAUCCAUGGUGCCAUGGUCUGGUCAUUCCAAAAUUGUUUUUGUUUGGAUAUGAAUGGACAGAGCCACAUGGCUCUCCAUUUCCCACUUGAACAAAACCUGGGAAGUGAGGCAAAUGGAAAUCAGUAAUGGGAUCUUGGUCUUCUCACACAUAUGGAGAGCUGUUUUCUGUGGGUCUGAAUGGAAUUUGUUGGCAGGACCAUUUUCUGUCCUGGAUAUUCAUCCCUUAAAAAGCUUUCAGCCUAGAUCAUCUGAGCCUCGGUAGGUUUACCAAAGCAAAAGGAAGCAAUGAGUCAGAGAUCAUUGAUUUAAAAAGAUCAGUUCGCCUAUUUUACACCUGGAAACUACACCCCGGAAAGGAAAGUGGAUUUGUUUAAAGCCAGGCAGGAAGUCAUACCAGAGCUGUUGGAGCUGGAGUUUCUGACUCCUGGUCUCCCCCAGCUCCGUUUUUUUUUUUUUUUUUUUUUAGCACAGUUAUUCAGUAAACUUGAGUCUGCCUUUGUGGUUGCCACAUAUGUUAUGUCAGGGAGGGCUAGGGCUUUUUACUCAGAUGAUUCAUGAUGGCAGUCUGCAUUGUCCAAUGAUCCCUAUGACAGAUUUAAAACUCAAGUGUGCACAUAGGUGUGUCCAAACCACACACACACACACACACACACACACACCGUGCCACAUUGAAUCCAUGGGCAUAUAAGGACAUCUUAAAACUUCAUGAUUUACAUUUCAGUAAUUUAAGGGGUAGGCAUUUCCCAGGCAUGGAAUCUCCCAUGCUUGGAUAAUGGUUUUGCCUAGAAAUUUUCCUUGAGCUAAACUGCCUCAGGAGGAAUCUAUUAUUCUAGACAUCACGUGACGUAUCUGUUUGGAAUGAAAAUGGUGCUUACCUUCCUCUCUGGGUUGUAGCAGAAGGUAUGAGGUUGUACUGUGAAGUAAUUAAGCUCUUAGAAGGCCCCUGCCUGAGAGAGCCCAGUAUUAUUGAAGUUCCUUUCCUUCCUCAAAGCCUGGUGAACUGUGGCCUUUUGCUCUGGGCGGGGCCCAGGUCGAUGGGCCUUCAUCCGGGCCUGUAAGCCAUACUUGAUUUUUGCAUUGAUUUACAUGUUUAUACUGUGAUCUUGGUCCCAAACAUAGGAUUGUCACCUUGUUCUCACUGAAUGUGCCUGAUCCUUGUAAAUUUUAAUUCACAUACUUGAUUUUAGUGUUAUGUGUGUAACUCUGUGUUAAAUUAAGAAGUCAUAGAGAACAUUUUAGUGCCAAUGAAGAAAUGCUUUUACGAUUUCUAAUAAAUAUUUAUUUUGCCUU